AUGUUUUUCAAUAUUCAGACAAUAGUCAUUUUCCUCUUCUCUGUUCACUUUUUGUCCACUGGCAAUUGUUCAUUUAAUUUGUCAAAAAAGACGAAUUUUAUUGUUUAUUGGGGAGCAAACGUUAAUCAAGGGCAAUUAUUUGAUUAUUGUCAUAAUAACGUUUAUGACGCGAUUAUAUUAGCAUUUGCUAGUAGUAUCAACAGUGAUGGAAUUCUUGAAUUAACAAUUGAUAAAUGUAAUGGAUUCGGAGGACAAUCGUGUAUAAAAUUAGGUAAACAAAUACAAAACUGUCAAAAAAAUGGUAAAUUAAUUGUGUUAUCAAUUGGUGGUGCCAAUGGUAAUUAUACAAUAAAAUCUGCCAUUCAAGCUACACAGACAGCGAUACAUAUCUGGAAUCAAUAUUUGAAUGGAAAAUCGAACGAAGUACGUCCAUUUGGUCCAGAUGUAAUACUUGAUGGUAUUGAUUUAGAUAUUGAAAUGGGAGCUCCUAUAUACGAUAAAUUUUAUGUGACACUGGUAAAAAAAUUACGUUCAUUAAUGAAAAGCAAAAUAAAUUUAAUAAAUAAAUCUUUCAUAGGACGAAAUUAUUUGAUCAGUGGAGCACCACAAUGUUUUUUUCCAGAUGCAUGGCUUGGUCCAAACCCACAUACUGCGAUUACCAAUAGCGAUCUGGACUAUGUUUCUGUUCAGUUUUAUAAUAAUGGAUGCGGUAUACAAGCUUUCUUUGGAAUACAACAAUUUGGCGGCGGAACGUUUAAUUUUCAACAAUGGUCUGAAACAUUAAAACGAGUUCUUGUUAAUAAGAAGAUGAAACUGUUCUUAGGUAUUCCAGCAUCACUAGAUGCCGGUGGUGGCUAUCAGAAUGCAUCAAGAAUCAAGCAAAUUUAUCAGAAUAUAACCCACUUUAAUAAUCUUGCAGGUAUAAUGAUGUACGAUGCAGCAUAUGCUAUUCGCAACAACCAUUUUGGUCAACAGAUUCGUCGAUUUUUGUAA